UGCUGACGUGCUGUUGCCGGCAGUGAUCGCGGUAAAAUCGAAGUAGUGAUCGGCGGGUCCGGCUGCAGUCAGUGAUGCCCAUCCGCGCCCAGUGCACCAUCUGCUCCGACUUCCUGGACCAGCACAGCGAUGUGGCGGCCAUCCACUGCGGACACACCUUCCACCACCUCUGCCUGGAGCAAUGGUUCACCUCGGCCCCGAGUCGGACGUGUCCUCAGUGCCGCAUCCAGGUCAGUAAGCGGCAGAUCAUACAGAAGCUUUUCUUCGAUGUCGGUUUGGAGGAAGACACGACCCUCGACCCCGAGUCAUUGAAGAAUGAAGUGGAUAAAAUAAAGGCGAAUCUACACGAGAAAGAGAAGGAGAAGCGGAAAUGCCAGGAUCUGGUGGAUUCCCUGCGGGAGAUGCUGGAGAUCCGGAACGUCACCAUAGAAGCUCUCCAGAAGAAGGUGGAGGAGCUGGAGAUGCUGUGCUCCUCGCUGAAGCGGCAGAUGAAAUUCUUUGAUCUUCAGCAAUCGGAGACUAAAGCGGCAAAGGACGAGGCGCGGCGGCUGCGGAAUAAGCUGCAGCAGCUGGAGAGCAUCGAGGUUCUGCUGCAGUCUCAGCGGCCGGAAGUGGAAGCCAUGAUCAGAGACAUGGGCUCCGGAGCAGCUGCUGUGGAGCAACUGGCCAUAUACUGCGUCUCAUUAAAGAAGGAGUACGAUAAUCUGAAGGAAGCGCGGAAAUCCUUUACAGAAAUGAUGGAAAAGCUGAAGAAGGAAUUGUUCUCCUCUAGCAGCAAGGCCCAGAAAGCAGAGCUGGAGCGGGCGCGGACCCGGGACGAGCUCAUCGCCUCGCAGAAAGAGCUGGAGAAUGCAGACCGGGAGAUCAUGAGUCUGAAGAAGAGAGUGGAGUUCCUGCAGAAGACGCUGAGCACGCCGACCGCCACCAAUGAAGCCAUCAGUCGGCUGAUGUACGAGAGUCCUGCACCCAUCGGUUUGCAGAGGCCAAAGCUCCGUCCUCCGAUGCUGGGAGAUGAUAUUAACCUGGACCUGAGCUUUGACAUCCGCACCCCGGAGCAGUGCACCCAGAAAACCGCCAUUGCUCCUUGUAAGAAGAUAAGGCUGGACAAGAGCGAGCCUCCUGGGAGCCCCCUGCAGGACUCUAAAGGGUUAACGAACUUUACAGGAAAGGUAAGUUCAGCGCCGGAUGAGGAGGAGGAUCUGCUGCUGCCGUCGUUUAUAAAGAACUCGCUGCUGCACAAGAAACCCAUCAGGAGCCUGACGAGCGCCUGGCCGAACACGGGAGUGGUCCGGACGGGGUUCGAUGGAUUGGGUGGACGCACAAAGUUCAUACAGACCAGCAGUGUCGCUGAAAUCCGCCCUCUGCCGCCCAAGAUGAAAAGGAAGAAGGUGUCCAGGCCCGCCGCUCCCAGCGCCGCCACCUCCCAUCAGCCGCGACUCGAAGACUUCUUAAAGUAAAUGUCUAUUACUCUGGACCCCGGCCCAGUGGAGGAACCCCAACCCCACAGUGUUAUUUAUAGAAGUCUCCCUGACGUUAGGUGGAGUCCCUGCUCCAUCGUCCGGCCGAGGACUGUUUGCCGUGUCCUGUCUGACAUCUUGGGGACGAUUCCAGGACUGGCUUGUGUGUAGGUUCCUCCAUAUUUCCCUGCCCCUCCCCCGUUGUAUAUGUGACUCCGCUCUGCACCCCUCCCCCGCUGACCUGUCAUCCGUGUGCGCUCCUCGUGGGCCGGCUCAUGUAGAGGAGACUGUUGUGUGACGUCCUCCGCUUUCUUCCUUGCCGCGGCGGCUGGGCCCUUGGUUCUUCUUUUUAAUGUCUGUCGAUGACCACGUGGCGUCUUGUAUCGUAUUUUCAAAUAAAUGAAUUGUGGGA